AAAUGUCAGCAAAGCAGUCCUUCCUUUUACAAUGUCAAGCAGUGAAGAUAAAAAUUAAUCCAAUACAUUUUCCUGUUGUAUUAAUGACGCGCCCCAAAUCUUUUCCACCACAUUUUAUUAAUGAAAAAAUGUGCACAUUAACACUAACUCGAAAUUCAUCGUAAAUUUUAGCUUACUGCAAUUUGUUUGCCGUGAAUAUGUUUUGUUUUUGUUUGUCCCUUGCGUGGUGAAUUAAUGAUUUAUCGACGUCAUAUCACAAUGCAUAAUUGAUUUUAAUUUUAAUUUAUGAUUUGUCAGCAGCAAUGGCUCAUAUAGAAGUGUUGUAUCACAUUCUGAGAGUGGUUUUAUACAAAUUAUGGGUAGUGACCACACUGACUUUAUUUUCAUGUUUACUUAUUUACUGGUUCUAUGGAUUUUUCACCGCAAUCACAAUCUUUAUCUGUGGCAUAUCUGGGAUACUGUACAGCGCUCAGGAUCUGCUUCUAUAUUAUCCCAACGACCCGCCCGACUCGCGAGCAUUUGUCCUACAACCAAGCAACUACAAGCUUCCUUACGAGAGCAUCAAGAUAAUCAACAGGGAUGGUUUCAAAAUCCACAUGUUCCUGAUUAAACAACCCAACAAUAGUAACCAUCGUCCAACCAUGCUUUUUUUUCAUGGCAAUGCGGGCAAUAUGGGGCAAAGAUUAUCCAACGCUUCCGGUUUCUACCACAAACUGAACAUAAACAUACUGAUGCUGGAGUAUCGAGGGUAUGGUCUGUCUGAGGGCUCCCCGUCUGAGAAGGGCUUGUACUCUGAUGCUCAGUGUGCUAUGGACUAUAUACUGCAGAGGUCUGAUGUUGAUACCUCCAAGAUCAUUCUAUUUGGCAGGUCGUUAGGAGGGGCGAUAGCCAUAGACUUGGCUUCGAGGGUGGAAUACCGCAGCAGGAUCUGGGCCAUGAUCGUGGAGAACACGUUCACCAGCAUCCCGGAAAUGGCGCGGAUCAUACUGAAAUGGCGAUGUUUGCUUUAUCUGCCGGAGUUCUGCCACAAGAAUAAGUACCUGUCAAUAAAGAAAAUAAACCAAGUACUGACGCCAUCCCUCUUCAUAUGCGGCUCCAACGACGCCCUGGUUCCACCGUCUAUGGCCAAAGAGUUGUAUGUCAAAUGCGGGGCUAUGUGCAAGAAACUAGUGGUGAUGCCCGGCGGCGGCCAUGAUGACACCUGGACCUGCAGGGACUAUUACAACUCCAUAGAACAGUUUCUGGCUAAUGUACCAUCUUUGCCGGACAAUGUUGGCCCAUACUUCGACCACAUGUCAAAAGAUCCCGCCAACAGGCACACGCUGGUUCAUACAGUGUAAAUUGUGACAUUUAUUAUUGUGCUAAUUAAACUACAUAUUCGUAUAUGCAUAGCAUUUAGUGUUAACAUUAUUUAUUUAUUUAUUUUAGGCCCGUCAUACACUUACCUAUGCCAUUACUUGCGUAACGUGGAAAAUAAAUUUGAAAAUGGAUCGUGUUGAACGCAAUUCAUACAAUUAAAAAAAAAAUUUAAAUUCGGAUUUUUUUACCGUAAAGUUAUGUCUGAAAGUUAAUGUGUUUGUGUAAAUUUAAUUUUGUUCGAUACGAAUCGGUAAUGUAAUGUGGCGGGCCUAAAGAAGUUGUCGUGGACUCGUAUCAAGUAUGAGGAUUUACCUCAAAAAAGAUAUUGAUAUUUUAUAAGUAUUUGCGUCAACUGAAACGCAUUCGACAUUGAUAACUAUAAUCUCCUUGAUCCGGUGUACAAUGUCGUAUGAAACCUAAGAUAUGUUAAAAUUAAAUCGAUAUUUGUAUCGAGUAGAUAGGUAUCUAUACUAAUUGAUAAAUCAGUGAAUUGUCUUUUAUGCUAGGGAUGAUUUUCGCGGGUUAGACUAACCGGUUUUUGACAAUUGAAGAUAUUCAGUCUGUGGUUUUUACCAAAUCGAAUUUGGAGCGAAUCAAAUAUUUUUAGAUCAAAAAUGUCCAUGUUGCAUUUAAAAAUACUAAUGUAAGCUAUAAUUCGGUAUUUCUGUGUACAAUUAGAUUUUUGUUGAGUAAUUUUAGCCUUAAAUUAGGUUAUCUGCUAUGUCACACAUUGGCUCCUAGUGUAACUGAGUCUAAUGCUUCAGUAUUAGUAGAUAAGAAAAAAAAAUACCGCCUAAAUUUAAACAUUCGAAAUGGCCAUUCAAAAAAAAAAUAUUUUUACUAUGAAUAAAUUGGUAUUUAAGACUAUUUUGGUAACUAAAAAUACCCUCAUGAUAUUAAAUGGUCAGAAUGUAAAUAACUAGAUGUAUUUUUCAACUAUUUCGUAUGCACAAAAUGAUUUUUUUAAUCGACGGAUAAAUCGGAUGAAAAGCACAAUAACUUUUUCUUUCUAUUGCGUUAUAUUUUUGAUCCAUUGUCAUACAGAAAGCAUGAAGUUAAUUUAUGAAACAUUCCUUAUUAGGUGUUUGUGUGAAUUUAAUGUAUUUAUGGUAGUCUAUACACAUAUUCUCCAUUUUUAUUAUAAAUAGGUCUUAAUAUCAACUCUCGCUGAUAUUUUUUUAUUUUUAGCAAUGCUAUAAUUACUUUUUGGAAAUAGAGUUCCUUCAUCCAAUAAUAUAAGUAUGUGUUACAUAAUACACCCAAUAAUAUACUAUUUGUAGACACAGUAUGUAUUAUACAAAUAUACCGUAGACUUAUAAUUACCAAAACGCGAAAUACGAAAUCAUUCGACUAUGUUUACAUAUCUUUGAUGUUACCUAGUAAUGAUUGUAUGUAAGUAGCAAUAAAAUGAAUGUUUAUUUAAAUGUCUCACAUAAUAUUUCAUCUGUCUACGUAACUUGACCAAAAAAAUCUGUCAAAUGGCGGUCUCAAAUGUACGUUAAAUCCUUACUGGGAACUCUUAAUAACAAUUUGAAAAAUCUUGAUUAUAUACAAGAUAUUAUAUCAUAAUCUUACCUUAAGCUUGGUUCUAAGUUCAGAAGUGCGACGAGAGUCGCUCUCUGUGUGCAAACCAUACCUUGUCAGAUCACCUAGGUAGUGUACCUACCCCGGGGUUUGAACCGGGAACACUCAGAUAAUGAAUUUUGUAUAGAUUAAUGUAAUAUCUAAAGUAAUUCUUUGGCUAUGGUUGUGGUGCCAAACUUCGUUUAUAUGUCGAGUGUCAAACUACACAUUUCAUAUUCUAAGAUAUUUUUUUGUUUUCAUUGCUUAUAUACUUCAGAAUAACUUUACAAUUAUGACACAAAAAUAUUCGAAGCUUGUGAUGUAUUAUUUGAUUUUAAUAUAAGACUCUUAAUGUAGGUAACCUAUCCUGUCUUCUUUGUCAAUUAAGGUUGUUCUCUGGCACAUUGACCUCCGUGAUUGUUCAACGAUGUAUUUAACUUAAAUUCAGGCGACGAUUCGAACAGCCAAUAUAAAUUCGUUCAAAUUUUUUCGAAUGAAGUUAUUUUUUUCUA